AUGCCUCUGAUCGUCGACCUGCCGACGGCCGCCCGUCUAGAGCUGGGCACCUCGACGUCCCCGGCGUGCCAGCGGCGAUGGGAGGAGGGCAUCGAUGUCUCUCUCGCCAGAUUGCGCAUCCCGAGGGGGCAACCGGGGUUUGACGCAUACCCCUUCUUAGCGGGAGUGCCAAGCCCGCUGCAUCCCCUCAACAGCACGGUGCUACUGGUGCACAUCGGCAAGACUGGCGGGUCAACAGUCGCGACGACGCUCCACAAGGCCGGAAUCCGCAACGACGCCGUGCAUGUGCACCCCGUCCCGCGGAGCCUGUUCCGUGCCACGCCCCACAUCGUGGUGAGCAUCCGCGACCCAGUCGCACGCUUCCUGUCGGCAUUCAACUGGGGAGUGAGGUUGAGGCAGGGCUGGGCAAUGAACUUCUCGGAGUGCUACGACGCUGAAAAGUUCGCCGUCGAGUUUGCGUACCACAGACUCAACCCUGCGCUCCCACCCGCCAGCCGGGGAUGCGGCAGACUUCAGCAAGCGGUGCAGGAGUGGACAAAGCCGGCGGGAUGGAUGGAUGCACAGCGAUACGGCCACAUCCGGUGGGACGGCUGCUUCUAUCUCGGAGGCUGCGUUGCCGACUACGCGCCGAUCUCGCGACGGCUGUUCGCGGAUGGAUUGAAAAACAUUCGAACAAAGAAGAGGCGACGGGAGGAACCGGCGGAGGAUGCAGUGACGUGA